AUGUCGAGGUUUGAGUCGACUCAAAACUCGACUUGUCACUCAAGGGGCACUCCGCUCACUGCAUUCACUGCGCUCACUGCAUUCACUGCGCUCACUGCAGCUCACUGCAUUCACUGCGCUCACUGCAUUCACUGCGCUCACUGCAUUCACUGCGCUCACUGCAUUCACUGCGCUCACUGCAUUCACUGCGCUCACUGCAUUCACUGCGCUCACUGCAUUCACUGCGCUCACUGCAUUCACUGCGCUCACUGCAUUCACUGCGCUCACUGCAUUCACUGCGCUCACUGCAUUCACUGCGCUCACUGCAUUCACUGCGCUCACUGCAUUCACUCGCAUACGCUCACUGCAUUCACUGCGCUCACUGCAUUCACUGCGCUCACUGCAUUCACUGCGCUCACUGCAUUCACUGCGCUCACUGCAUUCACUGCGCUCACUGCAUUCACUGCGCUCACUGCAUUCACUGCGCUCACUGCAUUCACUGCGCUCACUGCAUUCACUGCGCUCACUGCAUUCACUGCGCUCACUGCAUUCACUGCGCUCACUGCAUUCACUGCGCUCACUGCAUUCACUGCGCUCACUGCAUUCACUGCGCUCACUGCAUUCACUGCGCUCACUGCAUUCACUGCGCUCACUGCAUUCACUGCGCUCACUGCAUUCACUGCGCUCACUGCAUUCACUGCGCUCACUGCAUUCACUGCGCUCACUGCAUUCACUGCGCUCACUGCAUUCACUGCGCUCACUGCAUUCACUGCGCUCACUGCAUUCACUGCGCUCACUGCAUUCACUGCGCUCACUGCAUUCACUGCGCUCACUGCAUUCACUGCGCUCACUGCAUUCACUGCGCUCACUGCAUUCACUGCGCUCACUGCAUUCACUGCGCUCACUGCAUUCACUGCGCUCACUGCAUUCACUGCGCUCACUGCAUUCACUGCGCUCACUGCAUUCACUGCGCUCACUGCAUUCACUGCGCUCACUGCAUUCACUGCGCUCACUGCAUUCACUGCGCUCACUGCAUUCACUGCGCUCACUGCAUUCACUGCGCUCACUGCAUUCACUGCGCUCACUGCAUUCACUGCGCUCACUGCCUCACUGCAUUCACUGCGCUCACUGCAUUCACUGCGCUCACUGCAUUCACUGCGCUCACUGCAUUCACUGCGCUCACUGCAUUCACUGCGCUCACUGCAUUCACUGCGCUCACUGCAUUCACUGCGCUCACUGCAUUCACUGCGCUCACUGCAUUCACUGCGCUCACUGCAUUCACUGCGCUCACUGCAUUCACUGCGCUCACUGCAUUCACUGCGCUCACUGCAUUCACUGCGCUCACUGCAUUCACUGCGCUCACUGCAUUCACUGCGCUCACUGCAUUCACUGCGCUCACAGCUACUCUUCUCAGGCGCCGCACUCACAGCUGCUCCUGUCUACGUGCAGCGCACUCACAGCUGCUCCUGUCUACGUGCAGCGCACUCACAGCUGCUCCUGUCUACGUGCAGCGCACUCACAGCUGCUCCUGUCUAA